CUUGAUCCUUGACUCUCGUGAGUUUUGACUCUUGAAUAGAGUGAAGCGAGAACUUGAACUUGCGAACUACGAAUUGAGAACUGCGAUCCCUCCUCUUCCUCACCCUCACCCUCACCCUCAACUCUCACCCUCACCCUCACCCUCACUCUCCCGCCCUCUCCCUCUCCCUCCUCUUGUACCACCACAUUCGAGCGAGCUUAUUAUCUCAUCCCUCUCUCUCUGUUGUGAUCUUUCGUGUUCAUCAACACAGUCCACUCAUUUUUCUCCUUAUCUCGUCUUCCCCUUCUUUUCGUUUCUUUUCCACCCAGGAUACUUUUAAACCGCUUUCACUGAUCCUUUUAGCUAUCUAUUUCCUUGGAACCGUUACUGUUACAGUACCAUUAAUUCAAAGGCACCAGUAAAAGAUCGAAAAUUAUUGCAUAUUUACUAUUUGGGUCGCGUCCAAGAUAAACAAAAUAAAACCCCGACAUCCUGUACCCAGGCGGUUCAAAUCCGUACGGCACCGAUAGAUCAACACGCGAACCUCUUCUUCCCCCUGGCUACCCCAAGAUCUGCUUGAAGUUCCCCGAUCAUCUAAGAUCAGACUAAACUUGGUUCAACAUACAACAUACAACAUACAACAUACACCUUAUACAACUACAACUACAACUACAACUCUCCUACCUGUAGUAACACCUCAUUUUAUUCUCGUCGGACACAUUAAUCUGGACACCGCAUUUGUUUACUCCGAUCUACGAAUACGAAUUAGUUCGGUACUUUUCGAGGAGCCCCAAGUCCUACCGGGGCGCAGAGGGUUUCUCAAUCUACAAGAGUUGUCUUUAAUUCAAAAUUAUCCUAUCCUUUCUUACACAUUAAAUUGCGGUCACCACAAUGUCAACAUCUUUGGCCAUGGAUCACCCGUCAAUCUUGUCCGACAAUGGAGACAGUAGCAGCAGCAAUGACCCAUUCUUGUCCCCUCCAUCUGUUUUGAGCGGCCACCGAUUCUCUCAUUUCGAUAAACAGCUGUUUGCGCUCGGCCCCUCAACAUCCCCAGAACAAGCCAAACGGGCACUAGAAGCACAUCUGGCGGAGACGGAACGAAGAAUUCAGGAGGCUUCAAACCUCGGUACAACCCUUCUACAACAGAGGAAGGAUUUAGGCGAGCGACUGAAGGAAGUUGAGAAACAACAGAGUGAAGGAGAUAUAACGCCAGAAUUGCGACAGAAAUUGGUUGAUAUUGAGAAGGAAUACAAUGAAGUUGGGAGGGAGACAGCGAGAGCUUUCCUGCCAAAGUCGAGAGUGCCUAGCAGCGAGAUGGGGGCGUCACCUUUUACUGAUAAGGUACAGAUUGAUAGUUACAUCAAAUUUACCAUCACUAACACAGUGUAGCGUUCCGCAAGCCCAUCCAAAUUCGAAAGUCAAACUACCGCUAUCGCUUCCCCAUCCAAAUUUAACGUCCCCAACAGAAAGCAGCGAAAUCAACCUGCAAAUAGGGUACAUGAUAUCGAAUUUGCGACGGAAAUUAGUACUUCAUUGUUAGCACAAGUACGGCAUCUACAAGCACUCUUGGCGGAGAAGGAGGAAACACUCAAGACUGUUGCGCUCGAAAAAUCGAGGUUGGAAAUAGAGGCUGAAGGUUUUACUCAGCGAUUGAGGAGUCUUGAUGAAAGCGAAAAUAGGUAUAAGGACGAGAAUUGGAACCUAGAAACUCAAAUCCAUGAACAUUUGGCCGCGCAAAAAGAGGCGUCGGAACGUGAAAAGAGGUUGAUGCAGAAUCUAAGUCUUUUACAAGCCGAAAAAGGUGCUACGCAAAAGGAAUUGGAUGAGAUUAAGUUGAACCAUGCCAAGCUCCAAGAUCAACACACAUCCGAAGUAAAGCAUCUCGAUGUGGACUUAGGAACGGCUAAGCGAAGCAUGACGAUCUUGGAAACCGAAAAGAUGGCGCUUCAGAAGAAGGUUGAAGAGUUGAUGGGCCAAAAUCAAGAGCUUGCGCAAGCAGUUGCCCACCACCGAGCACGAAUCGAAGAGCGUGAAGCAUCCCAGGGUAGUGGCGAGGAAGAGCCUCAGUCAACAACUGACAACAACACCCCUGAACACUCUCCACCUCCAUCACCAGUUAAAAUGACCCCUAGACAUAGCAUGCUAGAAUCGGAAACUUUGAAGAGCUCCCUUCAUCACGCCCACAGAAUGAUCCAAAACCUGAAGGGCAAUAUUCACCGCGAGAAGACCGAAAAGUUGGAGCUAAAGCGCAUGCUGCAGGAGGCUAGAGAUGAGAUUGAGGUUGCACGCCGUGGUGAACCACAAGUAGACUCACCUGGACCGAGGAGAGCCCGAAAGACCGCUCCUAUUCAGGCCAAAAAACCUUUCAAGGUGGGUCAACUUGGUGGUAUUAGGAACAGCAGGAGUGAAGUCUUGAUUGAGGAGGAUCAAGAAGAUCACUUUGAGGACAUUAACUGGGAGGAUGAUCAUGAACAACCGAGCCCCAGUCGUGGUUCCCGUUCUAUAGGCGUCGCUUCUGGUGCUGCUCUCGCAGCUUCGAUAGCAGCUGGCGUUGCUCAGUCUCCGCAUAGCGUUUUCGGCAGUUCCACUGAACAAAGUGAUGCAUUCGAGACGGCAAAUGAGCGUUCUACGGAGACGGAAGAUUUCCAGACUGGUGUGGAAGAUAUGGCUGGCUCGGAUGAUACGGACACGGAAACAGAGAAAGCCGGUACUAUUCGCGCAAAGGCUUCCCGGCAAUCCAUGGCUUUGUCGAAGGCUGGCAAUCGUGAUUCUUUCCUGAGCACUGCUUCAACAUCCGAUGAUGAGUAUACGUAUGAAGAUGCGAAAACAGCCGGUAUUCAUCCACAACGACUACGACUCAAAGUCAGUCGUAAUGGCAACCGACGUCCACGUGUUGCUAAUGAGGAUGCUGAAGCAGACAGUCCAAUUGAACUUGCCGAUGGUAGCAAGCAUACUCCUCAACCAGCCAGACAAAGCUUGUUUGCAGAAUUGGGCGAAUUGGGGAGUGAUGAUGAAUCGGUCGCUUCGGGUCCUCCUAGUCGCUAUGCAUCAAGAGGCAAUACUCCACAGUCAUCAAGACCAAGUACCGCCAGGAAUGUUCCUGCUUCAGUCAUGCCAUCGUUGCCAAGAAUACCAAUGAUUGAUUCUGCUAUGAUGACCGACCCUUGGGAGCCGGAGCCUCCUGCACAAACGACAACUGUGCCAUUAUUAUCAGGCCUGGCUGGUGCUACACUUGGUGCUGCUAGUGGUGUUGCCGCUGCCUUAGGCUUCAAAGCAGAACAUGAUCGAGCUGUGUCACCAGUGCCUGAACCUGAAGCCCAACCACAAGCUCCUCAAUCCGCAGUCAAUGCUACAAACAGUGGGUCUCUCAUGGAAGAAAGACAACCAAUUGUUUCACUUUCACAUAGCGAGCCCCAGGCAUUUGACAUUGCACCGGAAGCUGAGGCAACUAGGUCUGUUUCAACACAAGAAGCUGGCUCCGUUUCCUCACAAUAUUCAGGUAGACCUCCGAUGUCUGAAGCUGCUAGUCAAUGGCACGAAGAGCAAAUGAAGCAGCAAAUGGAGGGUUUAUUAAAGGUUCAACCGCAGCAUGAUUUGACGCGACCAGUAUCUACAACAUACAGUGACAUGAGUUCACAAUAUGACAGUGAACUCAUUGAUGAGAAAUUAGACAAAUUUCCAUCGCCUCCGGUCUCUCAGACUGAUACACCGAUGACAAGACUGGCGGUGGUGGAAGGAGCAGCUCCAGAUGUUCCAUUGACAAUGUCCACAAUUCGAUCUGAACACAUCGAGGCCGAACCAGUCUCAGAGGUUGAGCCAACACCAGCUGCUCCACUGACAUUAUCUUCUAUUAAUUCAGAGCAAAUCGAGCAAGUUGAUGCCGAUCCAGCCCCAAUUGAACCAUUAACGAUGUCUACCAUUCGUUCUGAACACGUUGAGCCAAUUGUUGAGGAAGUCCGCCCAGAACCAUCUGUUUUACCAGCUAUCCUACCGUCCACUCCACAGCACUCAUCAAGACCUGAUUACUUUUCUGUGUCUCCAGGUUUAGGCUUCUCUGCCAUCAAAUCGGUGGAUACAGAACCUAUUGCGCCUUCUACCCCGAGAAGUCCAAAACGAGAUGGUGUUUUGCUCUCUAGGUUCCCAGCUCCGGCAAAUAAAUCUGUGAACGAGGAUGAAUUAGAGGCCAAAUCCCCAGUUGCGGAGAGUAUAUCCCAGGACGAAGUGAAACCAGAGGUGCCUAAGUCAAAAGAAGAGCCUCAUACACCAAAGGCUGGCUUUAUUAGCUCCGUCUUUGGUGGCUGGAAUAGAAAGCAGACAAAUACGCCAAUUAUUGCUGAAGAUGAAACGAGUCAAUCACAAAGUCGAUCACCAGUGGUAGAGACACCAGAGUCUCAACGACCAUUUAAGGUAAUAUCAGGUAACACUACUGAACGAUCUCCUAAGAAGCCGCGUGUCGAGAUGGCAGACGAAAGUUCCCAAACCGCUUUGACUGCAGAACAAAUUGAUGAUAUGCUCAACAAAAGCAAGAGACAAGAAGCCAUCACCACUCAGGACGGACCUAAAUCUGUUCUUCCUUCCUCACCAUAUUCGACCAAUAUCACCCCGGCUCUUAAGACCCGAAGGUCACAAGAAAGUAUCGGUAGUAUUGGUCGUCCAAAGUCAAAGGGUCUUGACAUUGAAUCUCCCGUGGAUGUUGUGACUGGGAGGAGACCCACAAGUUCUGGGAGUGGUAGGAAUGCAUCCAUCUCAAGCAUUCAUCCACCUCUACCAUCAGAUCAUAAGCAAGUCAUUGCUGCUGCAGCUCAGCGCACAGGUUCUGCAAGUGGAUCCGGAGAUCACAGACAUCUUACUACCCUCGCCGAGGACCAACAGCAGCCACUGCCACAGCCACAACGUACGGGUUCAUCUACUAGCGCUGGUACAGGCACUAUGGGUCCUCCACCAAUACCAUCUACCAACAAAAAUCGACCUAAAACCCCAAGUUCUCAGACUCAUGGGUCUUCGAAGGUAAUCUCAACUUCAAAAUACAGAAAUCCUUCUACUGAGCGUGACGUAAACUCCCCGAGUGGCACUGGACGGUCAAGACACUCAUCAGUAUCUUCAUUCGCAUCUGAGGUUGAUACUCGCUUCAAUCUGCGCGCUGGAGUUCCAAUGCCAGAAGGUGUAGAGCCAAACACUGAUCCAAGGAUGAUUAAUGCUAUCACUCAAACUAUGAUUGGUGAAUAUCUCUGGAAAUACACUCGCAAAGCCGGCCGUGGUGGAAUGUCAGAAAAUCGUCAUCGACGUUAUUUUUGGGUUCACCCGUAUACGAGAACAUUGUAUUGGAGUGACAGAGAUCCUUCAACUGCAGGCCGUUCGGAGCUAAAGGCAAAGAGUGUCGCUAUCGAGGCUGUUCGAGUUGUAACUGAUGAUAAUCCCAUGCCACCUGGAUUACAUCGCAAGAGCUUGGUUAUCUUGACACCUGGUCGAACUGUUCAAUUUACUGCUAGCACAGGACAACGUCAUGAAACUUGGUUCAAUGCUUUGUCAUACUUACUUCUGCGUACAGGAGAAGAUGCUGUUACCGAUACAGUUGAAGUUUCGGGUGCGUUAACAAGCGAGGAUGUUAAUGAGUUCAAUCCAGGAUAUGGUCACGCACAUCUUGGUAGCAGACGAGCGCCGCCAUCUCUUUCAUCAUACAAUAGCCGAACCACUCGUAACGACUCACCGAUAAGCAAGGAUAGAAGAUACUCUACAAUGCAUCCCCGUUUAAGUUCAAGGCCGUCAAGGCCAUCGUUAGGUUCGGCCACUUUCUCUCGACUUAGCAGUUACCUGUUGCCUGGCGACGGAAAUAGAUCUUUCUCUGUUCGACGAAGCCGAAGUGUCAAUGGCGCUAAAAGCAUUUAUGAAGCAAGUGAGGUUCAAGAUAGUGCUGAGGAUUUGAGAGAGCAAAUCGAAAGACAAGACCGAGAAUCCGAUAGACUAGAGAAUGUGCGAGCAUGCUGCGAUGGUUAGUCUCAGGUGUAGUUCUAGUUCUAAAAUUUUAUCUAACUUGUGUAAUAGGAAAACAUGAUGUCGGUCAUCUCCAUCAUGAAAUUCCAAAGGGCCGCCAAACCAUGAGUGUAGCAUCAGGAUCUUAUCGACAGACACAUCGUGCUUCAAGUCGAACGAGUCAGAGACCAAGCGAACCAAGUCAACAGACAUAAUUCCUCAAUCACAAUCAAUUCAAUGAAUCCAGUUACAAUCUUAAAUAAUCUUUACGAAUUCAUGCCUCUCCCUGAAUUUUACUUUCGCCCAACUCGACCAAAAAAAUCACAUUUGGUUUUCCCUCAUUUACGGCAAAGAAUGUUUAACGGCUGCCAGGACAACUAUUAAAUCUAUCUCAUUUGUUCAUGCCUUCCUUCAUCCGUUCAUCCAUCCAGUCAUUCAUAAAUUUUCUUAAUUCCUUCCUUUUUUUUUGCGUCGUCAUCGUUCAUCGUCCGUUUUGGGUUUUAAAUCAAUGAUACCUUUUCAGGC